AGACCUCAUUUUUUCAAAUCAGCAACCGCCUCCCUCGCCAGAAAAUCGGCCCCUCAAUAUUCUCUGGUGGUUUUUCGGCCACAACUCCUUCUCCCGACCUCCAAAUCACAAACCGCGACCGCCCCUACGCUCCUGGCAUCGGGGAGUACAUUCCCCAGAAGUUUGGUCUUGUUUGGCGGAGGUUGGGUCGCCGGCGGGUUUUCCGGCGACUUUGGAGUGUUUUUUCCCUUUUCUUCACCUGCCUUGUGGUAUCUCCUUGUGUCUCCAGGUGUGUUUUCAUGGUCUCUUAUUUUAUUUUUGGAGAAUUGAUACCUAGAGUUUAGGUGAAGAAUUUGGGAUUGUGGCAUGCUUUUAGAAUGAUUUGGUAGGCCGAUGCCGCUCUGUGCUUGUUAUAUUUUUGUCCCGGGACUUCAUUUCAUUGGCCUACCAUUUGCAUGUUGGAAUUGUAUGCGUGCUUGUGAGGCCUAUCUGUGGUGAAUGGCCGAUUGGUGGAUAUUUGGGAUCGAAUUAUGUGUUUGUGCACGGGGGGCCUAGUCCACUGCCCAAAUCGCUCGAUUUGAGGGCCCCCGGUGUGUUUGUUUGUGUGAUUAUGGUUGUGAUUGGUAUGCUUGUUCCACCGGGAGCCUAUUCCACUGUCCAUAUCUUUCGAUGUGAGGGCCCCCGGUGUGUUUUUCGCCUAACAUUGACCCUGUUCGCUUGUGUGGCAUUUGUACAUCCUUUUGCUUUUCAAGAUCAUGGAGGCUUACCUCGACCAAUUGAGCAUUACGCAACGCCACCUGUUGCGGACCAUCCAUACCAAUCUGAGCACCUGCAUCUCGACUUUGGGGUGUUCGAGGCGCUUCAUGCCCGGCCGCAGGUGGAGGGCGUUGUUCGCGCCUAUGGUUGGCGGCGCCUUCUCUGCCUCGUCGUGCCGACCUACCAGGACCUCGUCUGGGAGUUCUACGCCUCAUUUUCCCACUCCCAGAAGAGGUCGGCCGACCAUGCUGAUGCAGUACAUUUUACACUCGGCGGGGUGGCGCACUCCAUAAGUUACUGGGAAUUAACCACUGCACUUAGGCUCAACUCCCCUCACCCCAGCGACCGCCCCUUGAUCGUGGAGGUGACCGAUCCCACCACAUUUGGUAACCAGGCCUACUUCCAGCGCAUCUGCCUAUCGGAUUAUGCGGUUGAGCAGUACAUCGCUAGCCAGACGUGGGCCACUCUCCUUCGUCCGGAGUGGUGGAUCCUCAAUCACCUGCUCACCCAGUCCUACACUCCCAGCCGGGGCUCAGUCAACCGGGUCACCCUCCGGACCCUAUACUUCAUGCACGCGAUUGUUCGGCUGGAGGACACUAUCGAGCUGGGCUUGGUGAUCACCCGUACAUUCACCAAGGCCUGUGCCAGCCAGGAUCGCCACCUUGUCUGUGGCCCGGUGAUCACCGCCCUAGCCCUCUACUUCGGGGUCGACACUAUUGGGAUGACCAUGGUCCGCGCAGCGACCCCAUUCAGUGAGGCCACCCUCUGACAUCAUCACAUGCUUGUGCGUGAGGGACGUUUGGCAUGGAUUGUGGGUCUCCCUCGGCCGCUUGCACUGGUACCUGCCGGGGACGACCGACUAGAGUCGAGCGCUGCUGGGGGGCGCCGGGUCCCCCGCCGUUCUAUUCGUCGUACCCAAGCCCCCGCGAGCCCCUCAUCUGCUGCUCCCGGAUCAUCCACUCCCGCGGUCUCCAUUGCUGACCAGUUGGUGGCCAUUGCUUUGUAGAACGAGCCAUUCUGGCCGGCUAGGAGAUCCUUCACACCCUCCUCGAUCGUGAGCGGGACCGCGGCCGUUGUCUUAUGUCCGGCCAGCACUACAUCAUGUCUUACCUAGGCCUGAACCCGAACUCUGUCCACUACCCCUUCGUGUAGCACCGGGGUAUGAGGACGAGUACCCCCACCCACCGGCGAUGGUGGCGAUGUGCUCUAGUGGCGAGUGGUUGGUUCCGUACUUCAUUUCUUUUCUUGACCGAGACUCCAUAUUUUUUGUUGUUUCUUUCUAUUUUGUUCUUUUGGAUUGUAGACAUGGAACUCCGGUUCUUUCACCCAGUGUGUGUCUAUUGAUGACUUUAGCUCUGUGCCCUGGACUGGUCCCUCUUCUAGUCCCCUGCUAUUGACUGGUCUUCCUUCCAGUCCCCUCCUCUUGACUGGUCUGCCUUCCAGUCCUAGUUCCUGAUCUUCAUUUCACGGUAACAUUGUUCCUCUUCCCUCGGCUCCAUUGAGGACACUGUCGCUAUAGGUGUCAAAAUAUAGCCCGACCCGAUUAACCCGCCCGAUCAACCCGACCCGCAACCCGACCGCAACCCGAAUUGACUACAAGUGAACAACCCGUAACCCGCCCGACCCGCAACCCGAUUGACCCGCAACCCAACUAACCCGCAACCCGAUUAACCCGAACCCGAUUGACCCGCAACCUGACUGACACGCAACCCGAUUAACCCGAACCCGACUAACCCGUAACCCGACCGACUCAACCCGAAUUUCAUCUAAUCCACUUGAAUAAUUAUAAAAAUAUACAAUACAUAGUUUUUCAAAAUAAAGUUUUUCAUUCUAAACUUAAGUAAAAUUAUUUUUUCAUUUCGUAUAAGAAAUUUUAAAAAUAUGA